AACUAGUGUGAUAAUCACUGGAAGCAUUGUGUUGUUUCAUGUUUUCCUUUUAAAAAUGGUAAAGAAUUGUCAAUUUUAAGUUUGUGUUGACCAAAAACACUUUUAAAAUGUGAUUUGCUUAUGACGUGGUAACUGCUAUGGCACACACUGAAAGAUACCCAAUUUAUGGGCGUAAGCCCCCGUCAGCGACGUUAACCCGUAUUGAAGAGUGGCGAAGUCGACUACGUGCAGCGCGCCUGGAGCGGUCGCGAAAGCCGGAAGGCAAGCAAGAUGAUUUCGUGUGUUACGAAGAGUCGGACGAAGAAGAGGAAAGUGAAUGUGCGGAAAAACAAGUUCUAAGGACGUCGCACAAUUUCGUUGAUUACAUUCGCGAGAGAGAAAUAGGCAGUACUUUUCCUAGAUGGAUUGACAAAGAGUAUGGCACUAGACAUAUACUUACCCACGAAAUGUUCAAAGAGCAUGACAUACCUUUGGGUAACAUGAAUAAAGUGUUUUGUUCUCAGUGGCUUGGUGACAGACAAAUCGCAUUCGGAACUAAGUGCAACAAGCUGAUGGUGUACGACGUGGUGACCCAGAAGCUGGACCAGAUACCGUCCCUCCUGGGGCGCCGGGAGUCGGCCGGCACGCAGCAGGAGCAGUGUGGAAUACACUCCAUACAGAUCAACCCGUCGCGCUCCUUGCUGGCCACCGGCGCCCGCAACUCCAGCGAGGUGGCCGUAUACCGCUUGCCGACGCUCGACCCCGUGUGCGUGGGCGAGAGUGCACAUCAAGACUGGGUGUUCGACAUGUGCUGGCUGGACGACCAGUUCCUGGUGUCUGGCUCCCGGGACACGCACCUGGCCCUUUGGCGGGUGAACCAGGAGGAGCUGUGCGACGGCAACGAAGAGCCCUCGUACAAGCACAUACGCCCACUGGUAGUUAAGGAGUGCCGCACCGCACAGAAAGUGCGUGCCCUUGCGUUCAACAAAAACUUCCAGGAGAUUGCGGCGCUCUCGCUCAACGGCUUUAUUCACGUAUGGAGUGCAGAGACCUUCCGGCAGAAACUGUCAAGAAAGCUUCCUUCCUGUCAAGAGAAUGUCUGCCUGGCAGUCCAGGAGUCUGGAGUGUACGCUAUAGGCUGCCGAUCCUACACUCUGCUACUGGACGCCAGGACGCUGCAGGCUGUCAAGAAGAUCUUACCUCGCUGCAGUGGUUGUGGUAUCCGGUCUGCUAGCUUCUUGGGCAACAUACUGACGAUAGGAACAGGAGUCGGUAUCUUGCUGUUCUACGAUCUCCGAGCAGGAAAGUAUUUGGACUCCAGCAUUAACUCCAGCCGGACAGUGUCACUCAAGGCGUCGCGGGGUUGGGUGUUCCACGAUGAAGACUACAUUGAUGGCUACCAGCACAUCAAAUACACGCCUGCCAUUUACACACACUGCUACGACUCAUCUGGAACCAGGCUGUUCACUGCCGGCGGACCGCUACCCGCCAACUUGUUUGGCAACUACGCGGGGCUGUGGCAGUGAAACGGCAGUCAAUAGGAGAAAUUAAAGUGAGCCUGAGAGUUUAACUCGUUAUAUUGCCAGUGCUUUCUAUGCCAGCACAGCCCCAAAUAUUUUAUAGCCUGUAACAUAGUAUAAAGCAUGCUUGCCAAACAGGUACAGAACAAACUGAAAUUUAAAUCUCCCUUGUAAUAGCAAAUGCUUUAAGUUUUGAUUUAUUUAAAACUAUUUUUUGGUCAUAACAUAACAUGACGGUCUUUGUUUGGAAAAGUCUUAUUGUCUGGUCUGUCAUUUUGAGCUUGAAUUAAAUUUUUGAUGAAAAUUUCUUACAAACCUAAUUACUGUAAUGGCAUUGUUAUCACAGCUUCACAUCAUUUUAGCUUCAACUAUGAAAGUUGUAAUGAAUGAAUCUUAACUCAGAAGUGUUUUAUUUACUCUUUUACAACAAGACUUAUGUUUCAAUAAAAAAUUGUCCAAGUUGUAGGAUAAUUUUUACUGAGUGCAUUCACCUACAAAUUCUUUGCAAGAUUCCAAUUUGCUUUUUGUAUUUAUUGAUUGGUACAAACAAGAAGAAUCACUGUAAUGUGCUCUUUUCCAUGCACAUCUUUUUUGUCUGCUGUGUUUAUCCAGGUCGGUGAGGUUUAGAGCCUAUCUGUAUGGAUGCCUUGUUGGCACACCUGGUCCUGUUGGAGAUACAGUCUGGCUAAUAAGUAGUAAGUGUGUAAGCGGUUUUGGUAGUUUGGACAUGUUCACCUGCAGGUUGAGUUAUGGUCACAAGCUGACCUCAGCCUCACAGGGGGAGGAGGAUUACUUAGAACAGGGAGCUGGCGGUGGGAUUUUGUCCAGCCACUCGUGGAUGGCCUGCCUGCCAAAGAGUAGCUAGCGUGAUCCAUUGCUCGGUUGUGGCAGGCACUUCCAGCACGGCAGCAGGCCUCAGCUCUCUGGGAUGUGUAGGAAUAGAUGCAGUGACCCUGGUAGGACAAGGAAGCAGCAGGAGAAGUAAUGGGAGGUAACGAUGAGCCGAAUGUAGAUGAUGUGUGCCGAGGUAGCAGUUGGCCUGAUUGACUCUCGGGCUUACGGUCAAUGGCCUUGAUGUCACCACUGUAGUUGUUAAAAAUAACUGCAGAACCAGAACUGUAGGAAAUGGCUGAAGUUGGAUCAUUUAGCCAACUUGUCACAUCUCUAAAAGUAGUGGCUGCAAGAUCUUGGUUGCAAACUGGAAGCCUCAUGGUCUACGGUGUGGGAUAAUCAUCUGACAGGAAGUGCAUGUGCCAUUGCAACAAUAGGUAUGACUGUGCCUAGGGUCUGUAGGGAUAGAUGUCAUUUAAUAGCAGCCAAUACUGUGAGGGCAUUUUUUGCCCUUCAUUGACUCCAGUCAAUGAAGGACAAAAAAUGCCCUCACCUCAUAUUAAUUCCAACAGUUUUGAAAAUUGCCAUCUUAUUUGUGGUGUAUAGUGAGUAGUGUUGAAUUUUACAAAAGUUCUGAUGAAUUGGAGAUGAGCAGAGACGCAGUGACAUGAAGCAUGGCACUUUUUGAAGUCCAAUGGUCCAUACAAAUAAAAACAUUUAUUUAUUGUGAAUAUUAGUGAUAGAAAAUAUGUUUAUAAUAGCCUUUUUCAAGUGUAUUUAAAUAAUGGAGGGUUUUUCACUGUAUGUAUAAUUUAUUUGCAUUAUAUAUUUUUUAUUAAUCACAUUAUCAUGAUUAUUUUACUAAAUUAAUAAUUUUUUGUACCCAUUUUUAUAUUAAUAUUGAAUACUGAGUAUUUAUGUAAAUUUUUUCAUUUGAUUGAAAUUAUACUUUAUCAACUUCAUAUAAAAUAUCACUCCAUUCCUUUUAUUAUUUCAUUUUUAUUUAUUAUUAGCAUGUAAAAUUAAAAUUCAUUUUUAUUACAUCAAGUUGUCUAACUUCUAACGUGCAUACACCAGUACAAGAAACCCAAGGUUGGUCAGUGUUAUGUUUGAUUUUUUCUUUUGUUAGCCUUCCUCUGAUAUAUUAUAUUCAUUCAUAUUGAACUGUGUUCGUACAAUUAGGAAUUUGUUUUUGAAUCAGAUAUUACAUGACACAUGUAUAAAAAUUUUAUCAAAAUACAGAUUUCAAUUAAGUCGAGGCUCAAUACAAGCUUUGUGUGUAGUAGCGGCUCAACAAGAUAGGCAACAGAGACAACCGGAAUGUUCUUUAGUAUUUACUUCAUUCCAUAGGUAGAUGCUAGUUGUGUCUCAUUUUGCAUGGGAGUAUGAUGGCUGCGAAGUUUUUUAUGAUGCAUGCUGCUAUGCAGACUCUUAUGUUGUAGAUCACAUCUGCAUGAAAAUCUAGUAUAUUAAGAAACCUAAUAAUGAAUAAUUUAUUAUGCUUAUAGGUUAUGUAGGUAGUUAAACAGUUAAAAAUGAAUGUGUUUUUUAAUAUGAAUCCAACAAUUGUGUAAGUUUCCCAAUAAUGGCAAGAUGGCUUUAUUAGGAGCCCAAUGUGGUCUUUUUAGAGCCACUUGCUUUUUACUGUGGAGUUUUUUUUAGUUUCAAUAACAAAACCUUCAAUCGUGAUGAUGUAAUAGUUAUAUUAUUAGAGAUGCUCAUUCGUUAAAUUGUGAAGUACAAUGAAAUAAAAUAAUUUUUUUUGUAAUUAUUUAUAAUAAUAAAAUCUUAUGAUUUUUACAUCAAUAAUCAGUGCAAAAUUCUAGCACUACAAACUGACCUGGUUUUGCCUAUAUAAAUAAAGUGUAAUGAGGCCAUAGUGAAUACAAUUGGCAUACAAUUCAUCUGCAAACUGUGAUAUUACACUGAGGAUUUGUGUGAUGUAUACGAGAUGGGAUGAAGGGUUACGAAAUAUAGAUAAGGUAGGAAACAAGAUAAUUGGUUGAAAACACUUUUUUUUUGCAUAAUUAUAAGGAUAUAUUUUUCUUUUAAACAUCAUGUGUUUUAAUUAUGAUAGUAAAUGUGUUGCAUAGUUUUCCUUUUUUCUGAACAAAUUUACAGAGUUGUGUAUAGAUAGACCCUUGGAUGGGAACCCAAAGGAUAAGCUUCAGCAAGCAGAUUGAUGGAGACCUAGAGACAAGUUGGCUCUGUAAUUAAAAGGUAGUUUCUGUAUAUAUGUAGGAACUUAAUUAUGGUACUUCUACAAAGAAAUCUUUUAUCCUUAUUGCUUGCUCAAAUAAAUUUACCCAAAAAAUAAUAAAAUUCUUUGCUAAAUAAAAAAACAUACAAGUUCUGACAAUCUAGCAAUCACUCAGCUAUGUUGAUUAAGGGGCCCGCCUCGUCAGGGGUGUAUGUGUGUUAGUGAGGCGGGAUGAUAAGUGCGACGCUCGAUGGUAUUUCUAGCGUGGUAUCGCUUCUAAGCGCAAGGCUCUGAAUUGACGUGUAGUCUUCUCGUCGUCACAGAAUAACUGUGAAAUUUGAGCGGUGACCGCAACAUUAUAUGGCCGAUAAAUGAAGAUAAAAGUGUAAUGUAAGUCCCUUAAGUGCUUUUAAUAAUCUGUACUGGUUGUUUUACACCUAAAAAUUACUCUCAAAACAUGCGUUUUAGCCAUUUUAACUCUUCUAGAAAUACAGUUUAAAAACAUGAUCCAAAAUUAUAAGUAUUUUUCGGGCCUCAGCGAACUCUUAAAUGCUAUUCGUAGACAUACCCCAUUCGGAUAUCUUGAGUAGUUUUGAAAUCGCGUUGUUUUUCCUGAAGCUCUGUACACAGUCUGUGUGACCAGGUAGGCGGGCCCCUUAAGGCUCCAACAAAUUCUAGGCCUUUACCUUGGCGUUAAUAAACUGAGUUAAGUUACUUCAUUUUUGAAAGAUUAUCAAAUUGUUUGAGAAAAUAGGUCGUGGUAUUUAAAGCAAGUCACAGAGUUACCUACAACAUCAUUGUGAACAAACAGCGUCAGACACUCUAUAACAUAUUGUGCUACCUAACUUUCACAAACAGUAUAUGCUGAUAAUCAGAAAGUAAUUGUAUCCAAAACAGAGUUGCCUGGAAUUAUUAAUGAAGGGAAUAGUCAAUUCUUAAAAUUCACACAAGCAAUUAAAUUUCUAAUUAGGCAACUUAUAACAGCAUAAAUAUUAUUACAUGUAACAACUAGUUCAGGCCAAGAGCAAAAUAACUAAGACUCUCUCUUUAAAAUAGGAUCACUGGGUGAAGUUAACGUUAAGAGUAAGGAGUAGCAACAAUCAAUAAAUAAAGCAAAAGUUAUCAUUUUAGGUGAUUGAACUUCACCGUAUACUGCAAAUGUAUUAGAUGUAAAAUUAUAUAUGAAUUUUGGAUACCAUCAACUUCAAUGCAAAAAUACACUCAUAUCUAAUACAUAUACUUGGUUACACACUCAUCCGAAUUUUGCAUACAUACAUUUUGUAGUGAUUUUCUCGUUAUGAUAUUAACGAUUCAUGGGAACUUUGCUUUACACUGAUAGAUUCAAUCAUCGGUUUUGGGCACUAGUGUAGCUGGUAUUCACGACGGCACUGCCGCUGAAACUGUAGUAGUUUCUCCCAGUCGACGUGAAGUGCCGCAAAACUUGUAGGUAGCCGGGUAGAAUUGCAUGUAGUGUAGUUAUAGCACUCAGCGACUCUUCAUAUGACUGAUCGCCUAAUAAGAGUCUCUGCUGAUAACACACAAUGACAACCAAGUCUUGCUGCAUCACAAGUCCGUUAUCAUUUGACGAAAAUAUAGUCAUAAAUAUCUGAAGUUGACUAAGUGAUUUAAAGUUCGUAGAAUACACGUCUGAUAAUCAAAUUUCUUAAUAUCCGUGUUUACUGGUACGUACAAUGACUUGCAAGGUCCAGUGGUAAAUCCAUAAAUAUUACACACAAAAUUAACAUAAGUCUUGAGUUCCUAAGUUUUCAAAUGCUUGAAAUAUUUAAAUGUCAAUAAUAUUCAGCUUCUACAAAACUUCAUUUUAACUUUAACAGUAGACUCAUAUAUAUAAAAUGACGAGCGACUACAUGACGAUCCUUCUAGUUCUAUCUCUAAAAAUGUUCUUUUUAAUAAUUUCUUAAGAACAAACUUCUGCUAUAUAUCCACUGCACUUUUUUUUAAAUAUUGGAUGUCAAACUUUUUGAAUAUCAGAUGUUACUAUCAAUUUUUUUUUUUUAAAUGCAUAGAACAAUGUUGUCUUGUCUAAGCAGUUCAAGUAUUCUGAUAUUGCAAAAUUAACAUAAUUGUUCUUGUAUUUAGUUUUGUACUUAAAUUGUCAUUAAAUUAAAUUGAAUGAAAUUUUGUUUCUGAUAUUGUUGUUUGACAAAAAUGGGAUGUGAAAAACUAAAGGUUAGCCUUUUAUGAUGUGUUUGAAGAGUCAGCUACAGAAAUUUACUUUCCUGACUUUGAUAUUGUCGUAGAUGGUGGCUUCUUCCUACACAAGAUAUUGUAUUGCCACAGCUAUAUCAUCAAGUACAUUCUCAAGCAUUAUUUAGGCAAAAGUUGUUCUGUGGUUUUUGACUGUUAAUUCUACACAGAUUUCAGUACUAAGAAAGCGGAACAAAACACAAGUUAUGAGUUGAAGAAAUAAGUGGUCAUACAUUUUGAUGAAGGAAUAGUGAUAAUCAUCAAAAAGAAAAUAAGAAUAAGUCUAGACUUAUGUCCUUUCUUUGAGCGACACUUAUAAACCAGGAAAGCAUCUGACAAUACUGAUACAUUAAUUAUUAAAGCUGCUACAAAAACAUCCAAAUAAAAUAACAUUGCAGAAAUUGGUGAAGAUUUUUAUCUCAUAGUUCUACUUAUGGCUUAACCCUACUCGAACGAUGAAUACUUUUAAUCAAGCCUAGGCAUUUAUACUUUGAAAGAAAAGUUUAAUUAGGGAACAACUUGCAAAGCGAGGGGCUGACAAAUAGCAUUCUGUACUUGCUUGGAUUUAGCAGAGGUGAAGCCACUUUUCAGCAUCAUUAUCAGGAAGGUUCAAGUCUGUCCAUGCUGAUGUUUUUAACAGUCUAGCUUCUUCUCAUGAGGCUGUAGCAGAGACAGGGAACAGAAUGUUUCUAAAAUUGUAUGCAGCAUCUGCUAGACUGACAUCCCUCAUCCCUCAACUUGUAUCACUAUCACUUUUUCAUUCAAGCAGUGUCCAAUUUUGAACCGGACAUUGCUGCACUACUCGGAAGCCAGCGGAAGAAGCAGCUAAACUUUAUUAUCAAGUAUACCAGUAAUUACAUUUUUGCGUGGGAAACCAGUUUUCAUCUGAAAGCUGGGUUUGGAAGCAGAAUGACAUGUGAGAAAAAAAAUAUCUAGAUUCCAAAGAAAGAACUACCAAAAACUUUCUUUGUUGAGAGGGCUACAAUUUUCGAGCGUUAUGAAAAUUUCAAUCGCAUGAGGGGAAUAGUUAGGUACAUAGUGGGGGAACUGGUAGAAGAGGAGAUGACAGGUGGGAGGUAGAAAUGACACAACAUAUUUGCACAGUUGUAUACAUGCACAUGUACAUGCUUGCAUAGUAGCAUAAUUUAGUGCUAGCAUACUUGCAUAUAUUUUUUUUAUCUGCAACCUCAGCCAAAGAGAUUUAUGUUUCCUAUACCUAAUAAUAUAAUAAGCAAGAAGUUUCAUUUCUGUUGCACAUGAACUCCAUGCACACAUUUUUUUAAAAAUUAUAUUGCUGUCCUUUUUUAAUUUUCAUUUUUGUUUCCUUGUUUCAAAGCUGUGAAAUAAAAAAUUGUAUUAUUGAAUAUGCUGUAGCUUCUGCAGGUGGGGGUAAAAGUGGACAAACAGAUGGACACUGCCAAUUAUUAAGGGAAUGCUUUAAAACAUUCUGUGGUUAUAAUCUAUGUGAGGAAAACAGCAUUGAUUGACAUUUAAAAAAAAGGGCCCUUUUAUUCAUCAGGACUUUUGUAUAAUUCUAAUUUAUUGCUAGACACUAGUAAAUGUGCCAAGUUUCAAAACUGUUGGAAUUAGUUUGACCUUUUUGUAUCACAAUUACCCAUCUAGGCAUUACUGCACUAGCCAAUUUUUGUUUUAUGAUGUACAUUUAUGAAAAUACUAUUAAAUAAGUUAUUUCAUUAUUUUGUUCAUUAUUUAUUUUUAAACUUUUAUGAUAUUAAUUGCCAAGUUUAUUGACAUGAUCACUGUUCUAUACUCUUAUAGAACUGAAAAAUACAGACGUGUCAAAAGUCCAUGUGCAAAUAAAGUGUUGGGAUUACUAAUUUUUACUUAAAUUACAAUUACACUGUUUUAGAAUUUUUAGGGUUGAAAUUGUGUUUAUGUACAUUACAGUGAAUAUGUAGUCUUUUUUUUUUUUUUUAAAUUGAAUUUUUUUGUGACACAUUUGUAGCUUUAUAAUUUGUAACACGAUAUGUGUAUUAGUAUGGUAACUUCAGUAAUUUAAUAUUAAUAUUGCUUAGUUCAGGAUGGAAUGAUCAUGUAAAUUGAAAGUACAUAAAGUUGUAUCACAUGAAAUUAAAGUGAAAUAUCAGCUGGUUUUUUUCUCAUACAUUAUUAUUAUUUGGUCAGUAUAUGUGACACUACACAGGUAUGCACUACACUAGUUAUACUUGGAUCAUUGGAGCAUUUUUGAAAGGCCUAGUGUUAGUUUUCAGUAUGAAUUGAGGCAACUAAAUAAAAUCUGGUGGGCUACUGUGCUGUGCUGUUGGCUGUCUUAUUAAGUUGGGUGCUGUUGUGUUAUAUAUAUGAAAAAAUAAAAUGGUAUACUGUAUGGUGUAACUGUGUUUCGCUUUCCAUGAAAGUAAACUCUGCCACUGUUUGACAGAAAAGUAGAAUGACAAGUUGUGAAUGUUACUAGCAUUGCAUAGAGGCAAGAUAUGUUGGUCUUAUUUUUAAAAUUAUUUUUAAGAUUAUUUCUGUUUGAUGGUUUCGCCUUUUAUAAAUUCCCAACUGUACUCAGUGUAAUGUAAAUAUCUACAUCCUUUUGUGUAAUGUGUUUCUUAUUUAUUAUUUUAAAAAGAUUAUGUAAAAUUAAUAUAGAAACCGUUUCUUCAAAAUAUAUAUACUCCUAUUAAGAUAAUAUGCAUUAUUCUUUGUCGGUAAUGAAUUAAAUUUGAGUAAAAGAAAUUUACAAUACAUGUUUGUACACUAUUUUAUUUUAAAAUUUUGAUAUAAAAUAUUAAAAUUACUUCAAUUAAUUGCAUUGUUUGUGCUGCAACUCAAUAUACUACAUUCCAUCUUCACUAUUUCAGGUACUUGUACCACCAGUUUAGAUUAAACUGGAACACUGAAAGGCCACUAAUUCAAAGAUAAAAAUGAAUGAGUUUGUGUAAAUGCACUCUGUGUUUGGUAGUUUUUAUAUAGUUUUAGAUUUCAAUGUCAAAUUGUCUUACAGCUUGAAUUUCCUUAAAUUCUAGGUUUUUCCUUCCCUGUGAAUUUUCAGUUAUUCGAAAAUGAUCGUUAAUUAAGUGGUAUCAAACAUAAAUUAGUUUUAAUUCCAAGAAAAAUGCAACAUUUACAGAUUAUAAUAUGUAUAAUCAGUUGGUUUUUGGCUGUAUGCUGAAACAAGUUAUCCACUGGUCAAUUAUAGUGUAUUGAUUAUUUAUAUCAUUUGUAGGCAUAAAUUUUGUGUGCAUUUAAAAGGUGCCAACUCCUUUUAUGAAGGAAAGAAGGUAUUGUAGCUUAAUAUUAAAUCGUUUUGAUAAGUAUAUGUCACCUUAAUCUGUUAUUCACUAUAAGAGCCAUUUCAAAAUUAUGAUCACAUUUCAUGUAUUCCACUUAAGUAGACGUGUGGCCGGAAAUUCAAACAUGAUGUUUCCACGUAAUGAAUGUGUGAAGACUUUAAGUAAAAUAAAAAUAUGCAAUUGGCAUGAUCACUGCCAUAUCAAUUCCCCUCCCCUCCUGGAUUUUUCUGAAGUAAUAUUUAGGAAAUGAAAUCAUGGAAGUGAUUUUGAAUGUGUUACCCAGAUUUGGAAACUGCAAAAACUAACUUAUUGUUGAGUGACCAUGGUGCAGUUAAGAAGGCAAAUAUUUCAAUUAUAAAUAUUUGCCUGACUUUUUACAAAUAAUAGAUAACAUGUGUCAUGUCAUCUGGCAACAAAAUUUUCAACACACAAAAACAAUGCAAUGCUUAAAUAGUAAAACAUUGUAGGAGCUUAACUUUGAUAAUAAAAAAAAAAAGUAAUGACAUGAAAAUACAAUUGUAAUGAUGAACCAAGAUAGUGGGUGAAGAGAAACCUUAAGAUGACGAUCAAGCAGAUUUUAUAAACUUGUAAUGAUUCUAGUUUUCACUCCUAGUGUUUGUUAGUACUUUUCAUGGGGGUUAAGAACAAAAGUCCUUUUAAAUUCCCACUUCAAAUAUUUUCUUGCUUAAAAAAUUAAGGAAUUUUACACUCCAUAGAUAACGAUCACAAAUAUUUUGAAAAUUUUCCAAACAAUAAGUGCAAGUUUUUUAGUUCUUUAAGGACCUAAAAUCAUAACGGGGAUUUACUAUAGUAUGUCUGAAAUGCUAUGUGACUUGUUUUCUAAACCUACUGUACUUGUUACGUGCUAAAGGUGCACACACAAUGUGUUGGCCAAUUAAGUUGGGUAUGGAAUCACACUUAAGUCCAUCCCAUAAAUGAGUGCACUUUUCCCUUCAUUUGUGAAGCAUUAAGCAGUCAUUCCAGUGAAAUUUCAUUACAAUUUACCUGGAAAAAAAAAUGUUGUACCUACUUAAUACUAUGUAUGUAUUUACAUUUAACUGUUAGUAAAUAAACAUGAAACAUCCUGAAGGAUCUGGAAAAUGUAUUCUACUAAAGUGAGGCACAUUGUUUAUAAUUAAGCUUCACUCGUAAGAAAGGUGCUCACAUUUGUGGGCUAACGUAAAAGUAUUUUUUAAGCUGUUGUGCUGGUGAUAUGUGGUCAUUAGGUAAGUAAUAAAUUAUCUAUUAAUGCUAAGUUCUAACAGUUUUAGUUUCAGUAAACAUUUACCUGUGUACAAUGUAAAAUACAGUGGAAUCCAUUCAUAAUGACAUCGAAGGGAAUUGACAAACACAUCAUAAUAAGCGGACGUCAUACGUGUUUUGUGAAGAAGAAAAAACCUCUUUUAGGUGAAUACUUGUGUAUUUUAAUAGAGAAACUUAGCAUAUAAACACAUGUACAAACAUGAUACAUAUAGGUACAUAUUUUUCAUUUUUAAAUUAAGAAAUCUGUAAGUUUUGUCUGCUUUUUUUUUUUUUUUUUUUUUUUUUUUUUUUUUUUUUUUUUUUUUAAUUUUAUUGUAAUAACAGUCUCUAAUACUAUUGUGUAUAGAAGACAUUGCCAUGGUCAAAUUACUAUCAUUUUCAAUAUUGCUAUGAAAAAAUCGUGAUAAUUCUGCAGCCUUUAAUGCCUCCUCUGCGGUAGGUAAUGGUGCUUCCUCGACUUCCCUCUUCCCUUUCCCCAUCACUUUUGAGGUGUUCCCUAGCAUUAAUGUUCUGUACGAUAUUUUCAUCGGUGGGUUCUUCAGAUGUGAGAAGAGCACUAUCGAUGUCAACAUAAUCUUCCCAUAUUUCCGGUGCUGCUAAAGAAUCUGAAUUUAGGUUUCGUGACCACAAAGAUAAAGGGACGUCAUCUUCUUCAUCAAAUUCAUGUUUUGCUGUUUGAACAGGUAAACUGUCGUGGUUUCCAAUGCAUCCAGCAUGUUUGAAACAGUUGUGAAUGGUACUUUGUGACAUUUUAUUCCAGGCAUCAUUAACCAUCAGAAUUGCAUCUAACACCGUUAUUUUCGUACAAGAGUUGUUUUCAUUAGCAUCAAGACAAUUAAUCAUUUUGAGCACAAGGUUUUUUCUAAAAUUAGUUUUGAGUGAUUGUAUUAUUCCCUGUUCUAUUGGCUGUAGUACCGAUGUAUUCGGCGAAAGGAAAGCAAGUGUUAUAGACUUUAAAUCAGUAACUUUUGGAUGCACCGGGCAAUUAUCAACCGGCAAUAAAAUCUUUUUCUUCUUCUUCACCAAAUCACAAUCCCAAUUUCAAAGCCAUGUUUCAAAAAGCUCUGACGUCAUCCAAGCUCUACGAUUGUUAGCAUAAUCGACAGGUAACAAUUUGACACUGCUAAAAACAUCUUGGUUUUUGUGACUUUCCAAUAACGAGCAAUUUCUUUUUCUCUGUGCCACUCAUAUUUACUGCUACCAUGACAGUUAUUUUGUCUUUCAACAAAUGCCUCCACUACAAUUCUCACCUUUAAAUUUCAAAGUUUUGUCCGGCAUUCAUUUGUAAAACAGUCCAGUUUCAUCAGCAUUAAAAAUAUCAUCAGAAAAUUGUCGUCGCAGAUUUGGCCACACAAGACGUCAACCAGUUUGUUGUUGAAUUUUGAUCAACAGACGAAGAUUCACUGAUAAUUUUUCCCGCCACAAUGUUAUGUCGAACUUUAAAACGACCGAUCCAGCUUGCAGAAAAAUUGAAGUCGAGAAUAUUAAAACGUGUGGCAAAAGUAAUUGCCUUUUCCUGUAGCAUAGGGCCGCUAACAGGUAUCUACUCCCUUGUUUCUCGUGAUUUUAAACCACUGAAUUAAUGCUUGAUCAACAUUUUCUUGUCGCGAUUUUUGAAGCCUCUUCGGUUUCAAAACAUUUGAAUUGAACGAUUGCUUAAUCCGUUUCUUGUUUUUGAAAAUCAUUGAGAUUGUCGAAUGACCCAAGCCAAAUACCUUUGCGAGAGAAGAGUUUGAUUCUCCAUUUUCUAAUCUGCAUAUAAUUGCACCUUUCUCCUCAAUCGUAAAUGCUUUACGGUGUUGAGAUGACAUUUUUUUCACAGGAUAUCACAAACAACAAUGCGUGACCUUCAACUGUCAAUUACUCACUGAGGUUCAAAACAAAAUCGAGCCACGUGCCAUGUCACAGGGAAUUAACGAACAUUGCCGAAGGUGUAAAGAAUCAUGCCACUGUAAGCAAAGUCAUUAUAUCUGACUUAUUUACAAAGAAUUUUAUAUGAAAACCAAAUUUCAUUGUGUUAUUACGUCAAUAUAGGCGGAGUCAUAAUAAACGGAUUCUACUGUGUAAAAUAUGUGCUGCUGUAAAACUCAUACCAUGACGUACAGUAACAGAAUACACUGUUACAGGGAAGGGAAAGAAUGCUGAAAUGCAAGUAUCUAAACUUUUGCUUUACCUUUAUCUAUCUUUAGGAUCACUGUGAAUUAACUUAACUUUUUUGUUUUCUAAAAGUGGAUUUUUGGAUGAGAAAAAUUACCUCUUCUAUUUUUAAAAAUAUUCACAUCCUGUUUUGUUGUUUUGCUAAACUGCAACAUUCUUGGGCUAAAUCAUCGAAACCAUUGUUUGCAAGUUACAUAGUUUUGUUAAUCCCUUACAGAGUGUAACUACAGUACUGUUAACUUUAUACAAUGGCUAAAAUGGGUGGAAAUUGUGAAACCUGGCUUGGCCUUAAAUUAAUAGCAAAUGUAUUAGUGUUUUAAUACGUAUAUGAUUUUGUGCAAUAGUGUGGCUGGCAUAAUAACAGUAUGCCAUUACACAGUUUUGGGUUAUUAUUGUUUAUGUUGUUUGCAAUUAAAAAAAAAUAUACAAUUCUGAAAAA